AUGCCACAGAAUCCACGCCUACGCAUUCGCCUGAUUGGUCCAAGUGGGCACAAGUCCGAGUACCACUGCGCCACGCUGCUGGGCAACUGGCAGGAGGAACGCACGUCAUUCGGCCUCAAAGAUCCGGCAAAGCAGCCAUUAGAGAACAUCACGACCUACAAAGGGUCGUACAAAGGCCCCGCUAACGAUGAGGAACUGUUCGCCGCUAAACCGCCUGGCUGCUUCUGCUCAGAGGCACCGGCCGAACUGCUGUUCUAUCAAGGUGAUAUUAAAGCGCCUCCAAAACAUCAGUUUACGGUACACGAGCUCAGCUACACGGACCCAACCAGCGCAGCCGCCACCAUGACACUCAAAGAUAUCCUUGACAAGGAAGGCACAUCACAGCGGCGUGAAAAAACUGACGCAUUGCGUCGCACAAUGGGUCUCUCUGCAAAGACGGAACCACGCCAAAAACGACUAUCUUUUGGAAAGAGUAUUGCCGCGGCGCCCUCGUCAUACAGCGUGGCAUCCACCUUAAAGUCAGAGGACGGUUUCAUGGAAAGUACGCGUAGUGGAGCAUACAAGACUCCAACAAUCCCACCCAUUGGGCGAGUGCAGGAAAAGGAACGAUUUCUGACAACCAAAAAUGUCACACUUGACGCAACGGGGCUGUACGUCACGGACAAUAUCGACGAGUACCCCGCGACCAGCACCAACUGCUGGGGGCAAUUCAUGGCGUACAAGGAUAACCCGAUGCAGAGAACACGCCUACGGGAACAGUAUGAGGAGUAG